CCCGAGCGCGACUGCACGGGGUUGCUCAGCUCGGUCCGCAGCUCCUUCCCCCAGGAUGGCGUUUAAGGCCUCGUCUGUGUCGUCCUCUGGGCCGCGGCCCUGCUUAGCGCUGGAGUGGAUGCUCCCUUCACCUGGCCUUUGGAGACUCGAUUGCUUUUUAAUGGCAGCAGCGGCUGCUGGGUGAGCAGCCCAAGACCGGACAGACUCAUCCCGUCAGGACAGGAUUGCUUCCUCUCUGCAUCACCUCCGCUGGAUUGGCGGGGGUGCUUUUCCCUCCUUGUCCCUAGACUCUUGAAGGAAGAAGAAGAUGCCACUGCCAUUUGGAUUGAAACUGAAACGCACCCGGCGCUACACCGUCUCCAGCAAGAGCUGCCUGGUUGCCCGGAUCCAGCUGCUCAACAACGAGUUUGUGGAAUUCACGCUGUCGGUGGAGAGCACUGGCCAGGAGAGCCUGGAGGCUGUGGCCCAAAGACUGGAGUUGCGGGAGAUCACUUACUUCAGCCUCUGGUACUACAACAAGCAGAACCAGCGCCGGUGGGUAGAUUUGGAGAAGCCUCUAAAGAAGCAGCUGGAUAAAUACGCAGUGGAACCCACCGUCUAUUUUGGAGUGGUGUUUUACGUGCCUUCGGUUUCGCAGUUGCAGCAGGAGAUUACCAGGUAUCAGUAUUAUUUGCAACUGAAGAAAGAUAUCUUGGAAGGAAACAUUCCUUGUACACUAGAACAAGCAAUUCAGCUAGCAGGCUUAGCUGUUCAAGCUGAUUUUGGUGACUUUGAUCAGUAUGAAUCCCAGGACUUUCUUCAGAAAUUUGCCUUGUUUCCUGUGGGCUGGUUACAAGAUGAAAAAGUAUUGGAAGAAGCAACCCAAAAAGUGGCCUCGCUACAUCAGAAAUACAGAGGGCUCACAGCUCCUGAUGCUGAAAUGCUCUACAUGCAGGAGGUGGAGAGGAUGGAUGGCUAUGGAGAAGAGAGCUACCCUGCGAAGGAUAGCCAAGGAAGUGAUAUAUCCAUCGGUGCUUGUCUUGAAGGUAUCUUUGUGAAGCACAAGAACGGAAGGCCUCCUGUGAUAUUCAGGUGGUAUGAUAUUGCUAACAUGUCCCACAACAAGUCCUUUUUCGCUUUAGAGCUGGCCAAUAAAGAGGAGACCAUCCAGUUUCAAACUGAAGACAUGGAAACAGCAAAAUACGUGUGGAGACUCUGUGUUGCUCGACACAAAUUCUAUAGACUAAACCAGUGUAGCCUGCAAACUCAGAGUGUCACAGUGAACCCAGUUAGGAGGAGGUCUUCUUCAAGGAUGUCUCUGCCAAAACCCCAGCCGUAUGGGAUGCCUCCCCCACCCCAGCUACAUUAUAAUGGACAUUAUACAGAACCAUACACUUCUUCCCAAGAUAACCUGUUUGUGAACAACCAGAAUGGAUACUAUUGUCACUCUCAGACAAGUUUGGAUAGAGCCCAGGUUGACCUCAGUGGUCGAAUCCGUAAUGGUAGCGUCUACAGUGCACACAGCACUAACUCCUUAAAUAAUCCCCAGCCCUACUUGCAGCCCUCCCCUAUGUCCUCUAACCCGAGUAUUACUGGAAGUGACGUCAUGAGACCUGACUGUGUCCCGUCACAUCGGCAUAGCGCCCUGAUACCCCCAUCUUACCGCCCUACCCCGGAUUACGAGACCGUGAUGAAGCAGCUGAACAGAGGCAUGAUGCACGCAGAAAGGCAGAGUCACUCGCUGCGAAAUCUCAACAUUGGCAAUUCAUAUGCUUACAGCAGGCCCGACGCCCUGGUCUACAGCCAGCCUGAAAUUCGGGAGCAUGCACACUUCACCUCGCCCCAGUCGGUGCACUACCCAUUCAACUUAAACUAUAGUUUCCACAGCCAGUCUCCCUAUCCGUACCCUGCAGAGAGGCGGCCUGUGGUGGGGGCAGUCAGUGUGCCCGAGCUGACCAAUGCGCAGCUCCAGGCCCACGAUUACCCGGCUCCCAACAUCAUGAAGACACAGGUGUACCGCCCACCCCCCCCUUACCAGUACCCGAGACCUGCCAACAGCACCCCGGACCUGUCGCGCCACCUCUACAUAAGCAGCAGCAACCCGGAUCUCAUCACCCGGCGGGUCCAUCACUCGGUGCAGACGUUCCAGGAGGACAGCUUGCCGGUGGCCCACUCUCUCCAGGAGGUCAGCGAGCCGCUCACCUCGGCCCGGCACGCUCAGUUACGGAAGAGGAAUAGCAUUGAGAUCGCUGGGCUGGCUCACAGCUUUGAAGGCAUGAGGCUUAAAGAGAGGACCAUGUCUGCCUCGGCAGCGGAUGUGGCACCGCGGGCAGCCUCAGCAGGCUCCCAGCCCGGUGUCCUCAUGGAAAGAACAAAAGCAGGAGAGACUGACGAGCAGGAAAGCCUGAGAUGUGGCCAUAAGAAAUCUCUUUCAGACGCCACUAUGCUGGUACACAGCAGUGAAGAAGAGGACGGUUGUGAAGAGGGGAACAAAACCUGUGCGGCCCUGUCUCCCUGUGCGCACGAGCCCCGGCAGCUCCUGGCUGUCUCGGGCGAUUACUCCCAAGAGCCUCAGCUGAGCUAUUCCUGCAGUUCCGUUGCUCCGUUUGCCGGCCCUCUGCAUAUUCUCGAGCCCAAGCUCCAUGUCACAGAGACUGAGAAGAGGGUGAGGGACGUCAGCCCCAUUCGCAUGCUGGCCGAAGCUCAGCGGCCUAGGAGAGAUGGGCCGCUGAUGCCCUCCAUGUCAGAGUCCGACCUCACGACAUCAGGGAGGUACCGGGCAAGGAGGGAUUCUCUGAAGAAAAGGCCUGUGUCCGACCUCCUCUCGGGAAAGAAGAACAUCGUGGAGGGACUGCCGCCAUUAGGGGGAAUGAAAAAGAGUCAAGGAGGUACAAAAAAAAUUGGUCCUCUUAAAUUGGCCGCUCUAAAUGGACUCUCUCUGUCGCGGUUGCCUUUACCUGAUGAAGGAAAGGAAGUGUCUACUAGAGCAACCAAUGAUGAAAGGUGUCAAAUUCUGGAACAGCGGUUAGAACAAGGAAUGGUAUUCACAGAAUAUGAAAGAAUUCUUAAAAAACGGCUAGUCGAUGGGGAGUGCUCGACAGCACGGCUCCCUGAAAAUGCAGAAAGAAAUCGAUUCCAAGAUGUCCUUCCUUAUGACGAUGCCAGGGUGGAGUUGGUCCCGACUAAAGAAAACAAUACUGGUUACAUCAAUGCAUCACAUAUUAAGGUCUCUAUCAGUGGAAUCGAGUGGGAUUAUAUUGCCACGCAGGGACCAUUACAGAAUACAUGUCAGGAUUUUUGGCAGAUGGUGUGGGAACAGGGAAUUGCCAUUAUAGCAAUGGUGACAGCAGAAGAGGAGGGUGGAAGAGAGAAGAGCUUCAGGUAUUGGCCACGACUUGGUUCCAGGCACAACACCGUCACCUAUGGCAGGUUUAAGAUCACCACCCGGUUCCGCACAGAUUCUGGCUGCUAUGCCACCACAGGCUUGAAGAUGAAACACCUUCUCACAGGGCAGGAGAGGACAGUGUGGCAUCUCCAGUACACAGAUUGGCCUGAGCAUGGCUGUCCGGAGGACCUCAAGGGAUUUUUAUCAUACCUUGAAGAGAUCCAGUCUGUUCGACGUCAUACAAAUAGUACAAGUGAACCAAAAAGCCCCAACCCUCCAUUACUGGUCCAUUGCAGUGCUGGAGUGGGAAGGACUGGAGUCGUCAUUUUGUCAGAAAUAAUGAUUGCCUGUCUGGAACACAAUGAGGUGCUGGAUAUCCCAAGAGUGCUGGACGUUCUGAGGCAGCAGAGGAUGAUGAUGGUGCAGACCCUGUGCCAGUACACCUUCGUAUACAGAGUUCUCAUUCAGUUCCUGAAAAGCUCGAGGCUCAUAUAAGCUCCCACAGCUUCUUACGGGGACCCAAUCAUGUGAAGCGUUUACAGCUAAAAAAAAAAAAGUGCUUGCCUAACUCGUACUUUCUCCUUGACACUUGAGUCACGCAGAGCAGUACAUCGGGACAGAGACGGUACGGCAUGGGUGGCAGAGCACGGAGGGAAAUAUGCAAAGCACAAGGGGGGAUUUGAACUCGGGAAAGGUGCUGACGAAGAGGGCACGGCCCUGCUCUGCUCUGUCGGGUUUGCAGUACUUGCACGCAUCUUGGAAGUUGUGUCUUCUAGACAAUUCUCUAUCUUACUGAAGCUGCACUGGGCAGUUCUGGCAAUCAUUAAGGCGUGUAGAUUUUAAAGCUAGUUUUUGAUAAUGGAAUUUUAUUUUAUGACUAAAAUAUUGAGGGGGUUUAGCAAGAAACUGAACUUUCCACGAGGAUGACCCACAGUGAUGAGUGGUUCCUGUGUAACUUUGUAUUUAAAACCUUAUUACUAUCUUUUGUUAUUUUAAAAAAAAACCUUGGGUACUUAUGGUUUAGUUAUCAAGCCCAGAACUAUAAAGAGAAUCUGAAGGUGUUAUUUUGAAACAUAGAAAGCAUUUUUUAUAUUCAGAAAAUUUUUUAUCCUAAAAAUUCUAUAUAUUUGUACCUUCUGUAUUUUCCAAGGAAGAGCUCAACUCAUUAAGACACUGAAAUGAGUCAGUUAAUGUAAGGAAAAGUUGGGAACGAGGACACAUUAUUUAAAAUGUAAAAAGAAUAAUCAUAUUCACUAUUUUUUCAGUAUUAUUCAUAAACCUGAAUGAGUUUUGUUGGUUGAAAAUGAAGUAAAAAAACAACUGUAUAUGAUGGUUUUAAGCACUUUUUUUUUUUGUUCAAAGCAAUAAAUUUGAGCUUUUAUAUAUGUGCUGUUUUGUAGGUGAACUGUAUCAAUGAUAACGAUGGACAUUGUUUCAGAAGAGUGUUUUGGAAGAGAUAAGGACUCAGCGUAUGUAGGAGGGCUAGGAUGAGAGUACGUGCGGGGUGCGGGUAGACGCAGGGGCCUCUGCGGUUACAGACACACAGUGUUAUCUAUACUCAGACUGCGAGGCUGGGAGGGAGAGUGGAGGCCCAGUGUGGGGGCUGAGCCUCCAGAGCUAUCCCCAGGAAAUUCAGGGCCUGUCACGCUUGGGGACUUACUCUAUUUCCUUGGGAUUCUUUGACCUAAACCUUUAUUCUUUUUUCACAGAUGAAGUCAGGUUUAUAUUAUCAUUCAAAGAAACCUUGAAAAGGCUUUAUUUUCUUUUGGUUGAAAGAAGGAAAUCAUUAGUAAUAGUUUUAUCUUCUUUUCUCAAAACCACAGCCCAAACUUGUUGGGCCAUCAGAGAUUGCUGUGGUAUUCAAGAGGUACUUGAAUUUUAGCUCUUUAAUCCCCUAAAUUUACCCAGAGGUUAAUUUUAGCUGUUUAGUCUGCUCACCCCCCAACCCACCACCCAUCCAAAGCUCACCCAUCCCGUGUAGGCAUAUCCCAAUGGACAGAGCUGGGUUGAACUAAAGGGGGAGAGUGUCGCCUUUGGCCCAGGCCUGGAUGGCCUGAUACAGUUGGAGUGGAGUAGGCAAGGACUAAUUGGUACAUUUGGCUGAGCACCGUCUACUUUUUUCCUUCUUCUAAGGCUGCUUCUCCACGGUGUACAGCUUCCAAAAUGUAGAAUCUUGGGCGAUUUCCCCAAACUACAAUAUUCUAGGGAUGGUUCUGAUUCCUGUGCUAACUCCUGAAGCAGGUUUAUUCACUAUUAUGACCACUGCGUGUGUGCUGUUAGUCAUGAGACGGCGUCUCGCGUUUCCUGCUCUCUCUGCAGGUCAGCCUAACUCUGAGUUACCCAGAGACCAACCACUUCAGAGAAAAGUUCAGAAGAUGUUAAUGGAAGUGAAUGCUGAAAGUAGGCAUGUGUUUCACUUAGGGGCAAAAUGUUAAUUUUAAAUCCAAAGUUGUUAUUUAAAAAGUUCAGUUUAAAGAAAAAUAGACCUGAUUGGUGAUAUUCAGAAAGAGCUCCCCAGAAGAAUGGAAUAAAAGUUUGUAUGCUAACCUCUCUCACCUCCACAGUGUACAAAGGACAGGGAUGUUUCUAAGACUCUGAUGGCACAUUUUUUUAAAGAAGUGUGUUUCUGUCGGGUUUAAACAUUUUGAAGUGCCCUGUUGACAAGAACAUAUUGUAAAAGGAAAAUCUAAUUAAAGAGUAAUAUAUGA